GCGUGUCAGCCCACAGCAGCCGGGGCGGCGCCUCACUAUAAAACCUCCGCUGCAUUUGCUCCACACUUUUUCCUCCCCUGGUCUACACGUCUCAGUCCUGCGAGUGUGAACACAUUCCAUCAACCAUGCCUUCAGAACUGGAGAUAGCCAUGGAAUCACUGAUCAAGGUGUUCCACCGUUACGCCUCUAAGGAUGGCGUCAGUGGCACACUCAGUCGGCGGGAGCUCAGAGAGCUGAUGGAGAACGAGCUCUCCAACUUCCUUAGGUCUCAGAAGGACCCUGCUGCUGUUGACAAGAUCAUGAAGGACCUGGACAGCAACGGUGAUGGCCAGGUGGACUUUGAAGAGUUUGUUUCUCUGGUUGUUGGACUGUCUAUUGCAUGUGAGCAGUGCUAUCAGAUGCACAUGAAGAAGAUGGCAAAGAAGUAAAUCACAACAGAAAAGACCAAAAAGCAUUUCAGUUUUUGUAAAAAUUGUUUUGAUUCAAUAAAUACAUCAAAUCAUU